GAGAAGAGCCAAAGAAGAAAAGUGGAUGGUCACAUUAAAGGUAUUUGGUUACUCCAUUCAUCUCCUAAUAAUAAUAUACAUAAUUCUCUUUGUCUAUCUAUCCCAGAAUUUUGAGAGAUACCCUUCCUCCUCCAGUUCUUUUAAUCUAUAUUCCUAUCUGUAAUCGAUCAUCUAAAAUUAAUCCCUGUUUUUCUCCUAUAAAAGGAACCAACACCUAAAUUCAUUCGUUUCUGAUCAUCUUCAAUUCCACAAGCCUACACACACACACACACAGAGAAGGUCGACAUAAAAGAGAUAGAAAGAUAUAGAAGAAAUCAAGAAUAUGUCAUAUACCUCCCAAGCCAUGCUAAACCAGGGCUUGUUUGAGGAACAAGAGAUGGCUACUCAGAUGGGUUUCUUUACUUUUCCUCCAAACUUGAGUUCAUUUCCUGAUCCAUUGAGUUGCUAUCAAUCUCUCAACGCCUUCAACAUAGCUGCAGCUUCACUUGCCGCUGAUGCAGUACCUAAUUCUGCUGCUAAUCUAACUGAAACCCUACUCUCAUCUGCCAGUACCUAUCAAAAGAACAGAGAAGACCCUACUUCUGAUUUUGGAGAACUCCAUCUCCUUUCCUUGCAGAGAUCUAGUGCAAAUUUCUGGGCAUGGGGAGAGGCAAACGAGUGUUUGGAAAGAAAGAAAUUUGGCGUAGAUGAUCAUCUAGGCGUUUCAGCAAUGAAAAUGAAAAGGAUAAAAGGAAGAAAGGUAAGGGAACCUAGGUUUUGCUUCAAGACCAUGAGCGAUGUAGAUGUAUUGGAUGAUGGAUACAAGUGGAGAAAGUACGGCCAGAAAGUGGUAAAGAACACGCAGCAUCCCAGGAGCUACUAUCGGUGUACGCAAGAUAAUUGUCGGGUAAAGAAACGAGUGGAGAGAUUAGCAGAGGAUCCAAGAAUGGUAAUGACCACAUACGAAGGCAGACACGCACAUUCUCCGUCUCACGAUCUCGAUGACUCCUAG